GCGCACAACCACCACCAACACCAGAAUCUAUCCAUUAACUCCUCUACUCCUAUGCAUAGCUCUGCGACAGUCUCAGGCUCGCCAUCGACUCCGUGAAACCUGCCACCACCCACAUCCCACACCUCUGUCGCAACUACCCAACACAGGACCCGUAUACACUUCGCCACUCCUCCAUAGCGCUGCUUGACAAUGGGCAAGAGUCAAAGUAAGCUCAGCCAGCAGGAGCUGGCAGACCUGCAAAAAGCCACACAUUUCGACAAGAAAGAGCUGCAGCAGUGGUAUAAGGGCUUCCUGAAGGAUUGCCCAUCCGGCAUGCUCACCAAGUCCGAGUUCCAAAAGAUAUACAAGCAGUUCUUUCCCUUCGGCGAUCCUUCGUCAUUCGCAGAUUAUGUAUUCAACGUCUUCGACGCCGACAAGUCAGGCAGUAUAGACUUCAAAGAGUUCAUCUGCGCGCUCUCCGUUACUAGUAGAGGGAAGAUGGAGGACAAACUGGACUGGGCCUUCCAGCUAUACGACAUUGACGGAGAUGGCAAGAUCAGCUACGAUGAAAUGUUGUCCAUUGUAGAAGCAAUCUACAAAAUGGUGGGCAGCAUGGUGAAGUUGCCGGAGGAUGAGGACACCCCCGAGAAACGAGUGAAGAAGAUAUUCAGGAUGAUGGACAAGGAUGAGAACGGAAGUUUGGACAUGGCAGAGUUCAAGGAGGGUAGCAAGCGGGACGAAACCAUUGUGUCAGCACUGUCACUGUAUGAUGGUCUGGUGUGAUGAGCGCCUGAGUAGUGUGAUAUGCACAUGAACUGCACGAUUCCCAAGAAGCUACGAACCUGCACGAAUACCGAGAAGUAGAGACCUGAGAUUUGCAUGGCGCCUGGAGAAGCAGGACCUGUGGUACAGGAUACCAUGAAAUAGCCCCAAGAGCUUAUCAGGAUAACAGCAUCUAUGCAUUGAUGUCUUUGUGGAGUAGAGGCGAAGUAUGAAACUCGCGCCUCGCCUCGCGUCAUUGUAUGCAGACGUGGAAUGGCAAGGCAAGCCGGAAGCUCGAAUCAUGUACUUUACCUCGCGCGAAGUGAUCUUGGACUCCACUGAUGUGGCCCAUAGCUUCCAACCCAAGUUUACAUUC